UGGAGGGAGGGGGAGACAGAGAGGGAUGUUAGUGGACUGGGGUUUCCUCAGGUGUUUGGCUCCAGUCAUGGCCGGGAACUCAGAGAAAGUACCGAUCGCCUCGGCGGGACCAGAGGACCUGCAACAGUUCAUGCCUCCGGCCUACUCCGCUGUGGCCGUGAAGCCCGCCACCACCGGCCGUCUUCUGAAGGCCGGGAUCGCGGUGCUCAUCGCAGGGGCUGUCCUGCUGUUACUGGGUGCAGUCGGAGCUUUCUACUUCUGGAACAACAAUGAAAAACACGUCUACAAUGUCCACUACAGCAUGAGCAUCAAUGGCAAAGUGGAGGAGGGUACGAUGGAGAUCGACACAGCCAAUAACAUGGAGAGAUUCAGCACCGGCAGCGGGGCGGACGAGGCCGUGGAGGUCCAUGACUUUGAGAUUGGGAUCACAGGGAUCCGGUUUUCAGGAGGAGAGAAGUGCUACAUCAAGGCCGAAGUGAAGGCUCGUCUGCCUGAUGUGGAGGCUCUCAACAAGGACUCGAUGACAUUCGACCUGGAGGACGAGGUGAUGCCGGCCAAAUUUGAGGAUCGUCUGAUAUGGGUGGCUGCUGGCAACCCUCUCUCUGACUCUGCCUUCCUCAGCAACAAGAUAAAGGACUUGUGCGGAGACCUGCCAAUCUUCUGGCUCCGUCCCACCUACUCACCCAGCGGUCAGAGGAAGAGGAGGGCCGCCCCCCGCCAGCGUCGGCAGGCAACCGGGGCCGGCGAGGAGGAAGAGGACGUUGAGGCAGAGUUCAACCCGGAGAACCCCUAUCAGAGAGGUCUCCAGGGCGAGGAGGAGGGCAACAUGAAUAUCGACCCCAUGCUGGACCACCAGGGCGUGUGCUGCCACGAGUGCCGUCGCAGCUACACCCACUGCCAGAGGAUCUGCGAGCCGCUGGGAGGGUAUCACCCAUGGCCGUACCACUACCAAGGCUGCAGGGUGGCUUGCAGAGUUAUUAUGCCUUGCAACUGGUGGGUGGCACGCAUUUUGGGUCUGGUGUAAACAACACCCUGCUCUCACCUGUGAGAUGGUAGAGUCAAGGGGAGGGGAGAAACUAGGGAGGGGUGGGGGUGGGUGGGGUUGAAAGGGAGCGGGGAGGUGAGGGGAAUAAUUUUAGGUGGCUUCUUGUUGUCAUCUACUGUAGGUACCUGUUAGUGUGAGUGGCAUCACUCACCGUGUCCACACAUUAUAAAUGCAUGCUACAGAAUCUAGGACAGACAUGAUCUGACACGUAAAGGUACUCUGCACAGCUUGUCUUAUUAAAAAAACAUCACCUGCUAUCGAUUUAGAUCCUUCCGGACUACAGCAUGCUGUCAGGAGAACAGAGGUUAUGAUAUGAAACAUCACUCAGACCUGUUUUAAGUUAAAUGCAUUGAUUUUUGAAUACGUCUAACAGCUCCAUUUAUCCAUAGAAGACGCAGGUGAGCUUGUAUUUAUAGAGCUGGUAAUCAUCCCUCUGCUUUCACUCUUUGCUUUUUGAUGUAAAUAAAUGUACAGGGUGCAAAGUAUUUCAAUAGCACUCUGUGGGCUUCAAUAGCAGCUAUUGUUUUAAGACUUUUCAUCACUGUAGUGUGAACUCUUUUUGACUCCUGUGUGUUCAACGCUUUCCCUUUCCCGGUUUGUCCUCAUGAGUAGCUCUCAUUAAAACAAUGUACCGUACGUGUUCUCUCUCAAACUUUCGUCUGCAUUGAAGAAGCUAUCUCAAAGUGCAAUAUCUCUGAAUAAACUUUUUUAAGUAAA